AUGGGCAAGAGGCCACAUCUUGCCCGGAUGUGCACGGAGGGCCUGCUCAAAGGCGAGGAGGCGAAGCCGGAAGCCGCGGAGGAGAAUGAGAAGGCGGAGAAGGCCGAGAAGGCGGAGAAGGCCGAGAAGGAGAAAGAGAAAGGUGACAAGGAGAAAGGUGAGAAGGAGAAAGGCGAGAAGGGUGAGGAGAAGGUCACAGUUCCGGCUGUCAAGGUAAAGCCGCGUCGUUUCCGGGAGACGGCCAGGGAGCUGAACAGGCCGAAGAGCGGCCCUGCAAGAUGGGUUUGUGCUACGUGUGGUGGCGAUCACCGCACCAAGGAGUGCCCCCAUGCUACAGGAAUCCUGGGUGUGGGUGUGCAGCUAGGGAUGCAGAUGGGAUUGCAGGCCAUGGGCCUCCCCACGGGGCCCUCAGCUCCGGGGCCUGGGCUGGGUCCCGGCUUCGGGCUGCCGAUGGGGAUGCCUCCUGGGAUGCCUCCUGGGAUGCCUCCUGGGAUGCCUCCUGGGAUGCCUGGGAUGCCUCCCGGGAUGCUUCCUGGCAUGCCCCCGGGGAUGGCUCCUGGCAUGCCGCCCGGAAUGCCGGGAAUGAUGGGUCCUGGCAUGCCGAUGGGAGGGGCACCUGGCAUGCGGAUGCCUGGAAUGCCGCUCUUGCCAGGCAUGCGGCCGGGCCUCCCCGAGCGGAGUGAGAGCUCGUCCAGCUCUGGGUCAGGCUCAGGCAGCGAGAACGAGGAUGACGAGGUACCCGACAUACCCGACGCAGGCGCCCCGGCCAGAACGAUGCCGUUGGAGCGGCCUCGCCGGCUCGUGCGGAAGCGCAAAGUGCUGCCCAGAGGAUGCCAAGGCAGCGAGAACGAGGAUGACGAGGUACCCGACAUACCCGACACAGGCGCCCCGGCCAGAACGAUGCCGUUGGAGCGGCCUCGCCGGCUCGUGCGGAAGCGCAAAGCGCUGCCCGGAGGUGAGCCAGAGGCUCUGGAGAACGGUCCCACUGGUCCACCUGUCGAGCAUCGGCGGCGUCGUAGGAGAAAGCGACCUGAAGGUGAUCCGGACCUGCCGCCAGCCCUUGAGGAAGCUCCUCGAAGACGUCGAGCGGAGGGGCGAGGCGAAGAGGUUCAAUUUCAUUCUUCGGGAAAGAAGAAGAUCGUGAUGUCCGACCUGUGA